CCCGGUUCCUUUUCACCUGGCGUCUAUCCGAACGCAGUCGCAACCGAUUUUUCGGUAAAAUCGACAACGGCUGGCACCUCACAACCGCCGCAGAACGGCGACUACUCAUCGACGGCACCACCGACACCGUGCUACUCCUUCACUAGCCAGAUGCCCUUAAAGAUGUUUACAGAGCAGGUGGUUCAGGCGGCAAACAAUCUGCACGAUUGUCGAAGGAGGGACACCAACAUCAACAUCAUAUUCACAACUACCAACACCACCACAGACACAACCACCACCAGCGCGAGAACUGUCACCACCACCAUCACAGACACCAUCAUCUCAAAUACCAUUACCAUAGUCACCACCACAAUCAUCACUAUCACCAACACCACAAACUCCAUUAACAACAACACCAGUUCCGCCACAUACAACACCACAAACACCAUCAACACCGCCAACACUAUCACCAACACCAUCAUCACAACCUCCACCACAAACACCCCCAUCAUCACUUCCUCCAAAACCAUCAUCACAACAACCACAACCAACAGCGUCACUACCAAUUUCCUUCUGGAGCCCGAGCUGUCUGCAUCGGUCGUGUGGGCGUACAUGAUGGCUCAGUUCGAGGCGCACGCACACCAGGUCAUCCGGUUCGCGCGCGCUAUUCCCGGUUUCCGAGAUCUUCCUCGAUCAGACACCAAAGUCCUGGUGCAAGAGAGCAUGUACCCCAUUGUCCUCAUCCAGCUCUCACGUGACUUCAAUGCCACCUCCAUGGAGUACAAUUUUUUCAACUUCACACCCCGAGAACGCAGGUAUAUUCUCACCGAAUUUCCCAUCAUGCGGAAGGUCGCUGCACAGCUGCGCGACGCAGGCACCUUCCUUAGGCCCAAGAACAUGGAUGAAAACGAGAUUGCCCUCCUCUGUUGCAUCGUCUUCUUGCAACACUGUAAGAUAUAUUUUUUGCCGUGA